CGGAAACACAUAGGAGAGCCCCCCUUACAGUGCCAGUUGUGUCCAGCGGCAUUCACUCACAAGUCCAAGCUUGUGGCUCACAUUCGCACCCACACUGGAGAGCGCCCCUUCGCCUGUGUCCAGUGCAGUGCAUCCUUUGCAACGAAAAACAACCUCGUGAUACACAUCCGCGUGCACACAGGAGAACGGCCCUUUUCCUGUGUCCACUGCAAUGCAUCCUUUAUGCAGAAAACCAGCCUCGUGAAACACACCCGUGUGCACACUGGAGAGCGACCCUUUUCCUGUGUCCACUGUAAUGCAUCCUUUGCGAUGAAAGGCAACCUCAUUGUGCACAUGCGAACUCACACAGGAGAGCGUCCCUUCUCCUGUGUCCACUGUAAUGCAUCCUUUGCAAUGAAAUGCAACCUCAUUGUGCACAUGCGCACUCACACAGGAGAGCGUCCCUUCUCCUGUGUGCACUGUAUUGCAUCUUUUGCUCGGAAGAACAGCCUCAUGAAACACAUCCGCUCGCACACAGGAGAACGCCCCUUUUCCUGUGUCCACUGCAAUGCAUCCUUUGUGCAGAAAAGCAGCCUCAUGAGACACAUCCGCAUGCACACAGGAGAGCGUCCCUUUUCCUGUGUUCACUGCAGUGCUUUCUUUUUGACCAAAAGCAACCUCGCUGAGCACAUGCGCACUCACACAGGAGAGCGUCCCUUCUCCUGUGUCCACUGCAAUGCAUCCUUCACGAUGAAAAGCCAUCUCACUGACCACAUACGCACUCACACAGGAGAGCGUCCCUUUUCAUGUGUGCGCUGUAAUGCCACCUUUGGUCGAAAGAACAACCUCGUGAGACACAUCCGCAUGCACACAAGAGAGAGUGCCUUUUCCUGUGUCCACUGCACUGCAUCUUUUUCACAAAAACAUGACCUCACGGACCACAUGUCCCAUCUUCAUGGAAACGAGAAGCCAUCAUGGUGAGGGGCCUACAGACUUGCCAUAAAAGGCCUCUAAACAACCCCACACUCCAAAAUUUGCGAUGGAGAGAUAACUGAGCACUUGUACGAUGUGAACAUGCUGCGUCAAGAAUUUUGCAAAUGAAUGCUGUAAAAACCAAGUUACGCUGUAUAG